AGUUCGACGUUCCACACUUUCAACCGGAAAAGUGACUGUAAACAAACUAGUUGAGAAGUAGUUUUCUCGCUGCGGCGUUUAAAAGUGUUUUUAACUUUUUCUGUUUUAUAAGAUAAGUAAGCGACUAGACAGAUUAACUGAUACGAGUUUUAUAAUUUCGAGUAGCUGCCGUCGCGGACGAUUGUAAACAUUUAGGGAGCUACUUGCUAGCGUUAGCUUCUACAGCGACUCUCGCUGCGAUAACAGUUUAGCGUUAUUUAGCUCCAAUGUCUCAAGAAGGAGAAGAGUCUCUUCCUCUGGUCCGUUCCCUGAACAGUCAGAUACCAGUUAAAGUGAUGUUUUAUAACCGUAGUCCCCGUGUCGUACGGCCUUUGUGGAUAAAUUACCAGGGAGAGCCGCAUCCUUACAAUGACAUACAACCUGGGAGGGAACUGAGGAUGAACACUUUCGUCGGUCACCCGUGGAUGUUCAGAGAUGCAGAGACCGAUGAUCCUCUCAAGGUCAACAGCAAAGAGCUGUUUCUUCCUAAGCCAGAAAGGGGUGGAAAUGUGACACGUGCCAAUAUCAGUUUACCAGUUUACAGUCUCAAGGAUCGAGCUCUUCAGGUUACUCGGCGUCUUGUGCGACCAGAAGACUACAGGAGGUUGGAAAUAGCAUGGUGUCUCCACGAGGAGCUCGAAGAUCGCCCGAGUGUUUCGAAAGAUCUCCAACGCAUAAACCAGCGAGUAGCACAGCAUCUGAAAGAGAACACACAAGGGCAGGAGUGAUGAUUAAAACAGAAUGGAUAUUUAUCACACAAGGACAGAUGUUCUUGUACUUUCAGAGAAAGUAAAAAACUUUAAAGAUGAGAUGAAACACAGGACUUACUUCACAGUGGCUAUAAACACAUUUUUUGGAAAUCAGUUUCAGUUUGAUCUUCUGUUUGUUUGUCACAGUUGUUGAACAGAAAAAAAUGUGUUUUUUUCCUUUUUAGUAAGAGUUAUAUGUAAUAUAAAUCCAUCUUCUGUAUGUAGCCAGAUCUCUGUAGAAUUCAGAGAUCUGUGUUGUUUAUAUUCUUAUUAGUAAUGCUUGAUAUGAGGCUAUCUUGCCAUACCUGCACAACUCCCUUCAAAAAUGGAUGCUCUGUUGUAUUUUAUUGUUGUAGCUGUUAAAUCUGUCAGAAAUAUUGGUUUAUUAGGAACAGGUGAGACUCUCAUAAAGGUUAACUCGCAGAUGAUUUCCAAUGUGGUGAAAAUACUGUGACUGAGGAGCUUCUCCUCUUGUUUUUGUCUUUGAAAUUAUUUUCUUGAUAACACAUUGCUGCUGUAUCUAAAAUAGUUUUAUUUGUAUAUUGAAUAAAAUAUAUACAACUUUUAUUAAUGGA